GUUUAUAUAUAUUCCUCCUUUUACCUACUCUAAAAUUUCUUUCUCUUCUCUUUGGUUCUUCAUCUUUAUCUAGAAAAUUCUUCUGUUCUUCUGUAUUAAUGGAGAAUUUACUAUGUGAUGAACUAAUUCAAGAAAUCUUCACUCGUGUACCUUCAACAUCAUCCUCAUCAGUUUCGUUGGUCUCUAAAAGAUGGUUAAACCUGUACAGAACUUCAAUUACUUCACUUUCAAUUUGUAUAAACCAGAAUAAUAACCCUUCUUCAAUUUCUUCAUUUCUUUCUAAUUACCCUCAUCUUUCUUCGAUUACAAUCGUCUCAGAAUCAAACCCAAACUCCAAAAUUUCAUCUUGUUGUGAUCAUGUUUUGAUGUCUGUAGCUUCAAAUUGUUCUAAUCUUCAUCUACUUAGAUUCUUAGCUGGGCCUAUAUCUCCAUCUUCUUUAAUAUAUGUAUCAAAUUCCUGUAAACAUCUUACUUCUCUUCAAGUUUCAUCACCCAGACCUUUGAAUUUCCACUGGCUUAAGAAUUUCCCAUUUCUGAAAGACCUAUCUUUUACUAAUUCAAGCCCUAAAUAUGAUGAUUAUCUAACACUCCACAGCCUCAAUUCCCAUCCUGAUUAUGAUUCUGAUUCUGAGGAGGAAACUCAGGUUUCCGGAAAAUCUGGGCUGUGCUUAGAAACUCUGUGUUUAUCCGGUAUUGGAGCUGAGGGUCAUGGAAUGAAGUGGUUAUGGAAGAAUUGUAAAAAUCUUCGGAAUUUACGUUUAAAAAACUGUGAAAGCAUCGGGUAUGGUGAUUCAUUUACUUCAUUUUUUAACUGUUUAAAGAAUCUUGAACAAAUUGAGGUAAGAACAAGUAGAACAAUUGUUGAUGUUGUUCUGUUUCAAUUGUCGGAACACUGUAAUUCACUGGAUUCACUGCUCUUAUACGACGGAGGCAGUAGAGAAGGUUUGCACAGGUUUAUAACAAGUACUAAAUCGAGUAUUAAGCGUCUCGAUUUUCGGUUACCAUUAGACCUUGAUAACUAUCAUAUAUCUGCAAUUGGGGAGUGUUUUAAUGGUCUUGUAAGUCUUAGACUACAAAGUUGUUGUCUUAUUACAGGUGAAGGUCUUAAGAAUCUUGGGGCAGAUAGUAUGAAACUUGAAGAAUUAGCACUUAUAAAUUGUGAUGUUGUUGAGAGAGAACCUGGUCUGUUAACUACAUUGGGACAAAAUUUGAAGGGAUUAAGGAAAUUGGAUUUGUCUUUUAAUGAAAUGUUAGUUGAUAAGGAAUUGGUGUCUAUGCUUGCUUCUUGUAAGAAUUUGGUUGACAUUCAGCUGAGAGGGUGUCGUGGGAUAACAAAUUCUGCUAUGGUUUUAAUGUGUAAGAAUUGUAAAGGGUUAGAGAAUGUGGACAUCAGGCAGUGUUCAAGGGUGGGAGUUGAAGGUGUGGAUGUGAUUUUGAUGGCGUUGCCCAAGUUGAUAAGUGUUUUGGUUGAAGAUAUCAAGGUCUCAUCUGAUGCUAAGAAAUGGGUUUCGAAGAAAUUUAUUGUUAUUGAUAUUUGAUCUCAAUGUUGAAUGUAAAAUAAAACCUUUUCUUUUGUUGUUGUAAAUAAGAGAACGAUGAGUGAUGAGAAUCUCACUCUGGACUGUUCCGUAAUUGUAUUCAUACAAUGUAAGUUAAUGUUAAUCCAAAACUCAUGAAUGAAAACAUGAAAUUUCUUUA